GCCAGGGCCAAUCCGCCCCUGUUGUUUAUCAACUGGACCAAGGACGGCCUCCCGCUAGAGCUGGACAAGUUCCCAGGAUGGUACCUGGAAGAGGACGGCUCCAUUGUUGUGGCAACGGGGAAUGACGAUGCCCUUGGCACGUACACCUGCACUCCCUACAACAGCUACGGAAGCAUGGGUGUGUCUCUGCCCACCGCCGUCAUCCUGAAGGAUCCACCUUCCUUCAUCAUCAUCCCAAAAGAUGAGUAUUUCCAAGAUGUGGGGAGGGAGCUGAUCAUCUCUUGUGCUGCUGAUGGGGACCCACCUCCCGAAAUUAGCUGGGUCAAGCUUGGGAUGCCCAGUAAAAGCGGAGCUCAGAUGGAUGUCAACGGCAGUUUGAUAUUCAGACCUCUCACCAAAGAGGAACAUGGCAUGUGGGAAUGCGCUGCUGCCAAUAACGUGGCCAAAAUCAGCACGCUCACUUCCGUCUUUGUUUUGGGCACCAGUCCCCACGCAGUCAGCAAUGUGUCCGCCCAGUCAUUGGUGAACGCAAUAAACAUCACCUGGACCCCCGGCUUCGAUGGA